UAGUUUUCUCUAACAUGGCAGGAGAGAAUAUUCUUCUGGCAUUAUUCGCAUGACUUUGCGUCACCAAUGUGGCCGGCAAUAUGAGCCGUGACGGUGUUUUUUCGUGUUUCUCGAGUGCAUCGAAUCGACGCAACACGAAACAGCUUUAUUUUCACAGAACGGAAUACUAGCUCAAACAGGUUUGAAAUUCUACAGUUGAUCUACAAGAAGUGGAAGAAAAAUGGAUGGAACGAGAGCAGCAGAGGUUUUACCUCUGCUACAAGAACGCCUGGCUAUUCUACCGGGUGGAAGGGAUCGUCGAGGUGGACCUGUGCUCGUUUUCCCCACAACAUCCAGGAGAGAACGAGCUAAACCAGAGGACUAUCGUCGACUCUUGCAAUAUCUUCUAGCCAUUCCGAAUGAUGAAGUUAGGGGUCUGCGAUUCACAGUUAUCGUCGAUAUGAGAGGCGCCACUUGGGAUUCGGUUAAACCUAUUCUGAAGGUGUUGCACGAGCACUUUCAUCGAUCGGUUCACGUGGCGUUCAUCAUAAAGCCGGACAACUUUUGGCAGAAACAAAGAACAUCGUUGGCCAAACAGAAGAAAUACAACUUUGAGAUCAACACAAUAAGUCUGGAAGCACUGGCAAAGGUUAUCGAUCCGUCUCAAUUGACGGCCGAUCUCGACGGCUCGCUGCAAUACGAUCAUGCACAAUGGAUUGAGACGAGGCUCGCCGUCGAAGAUUUCACAUGGCAAGCAGCUGAUUUACUCGAUCGACUCGACGAUCUUCAGGAAGAUCUUAGCCGGAACGACUUUGCCGACGACGUAGGCGGAGCCAAACACGGUAUCGAUCUUCAUAACGAGAUGAAGAAGAAGAUAAUGAAAGUACCGGUGGAAGAGGUCGAGGUCGUCGGUCAACGACUACUCCAACGAUUUAAUAACGGAAUGUCAGGUACAGGAGGGGAAGGAGGAAGUAUAGAGAGCGGAGCAUCCGGUGGAGUGGAUUCCGAUGGUCGGGCGUUGGCGGCGUUGGUGAUACAGCAUCUGGAUUCGGUGCAUGCGGCGCAACAGCAUCUUUUACAACUGUGGCAUAUAAAAAAGAUAAAGCUCGAUCAAUGUUUCCAGCUGAGGCUUUUCGAGCAAGAUUGCGAGAAAAUGUUCGACUGGAUAUGUCACAACAGAGAAGUUUUUCUCGCAAAUUACGUUGAGAUCGGACGAUCUUAUCAAUUGGCGAAAAAUUUGCAAGAGGAACAUAAACAUUUCACAAUGAGCUCGAUGAACGUUUACGUGAAUAUCAAUAAAAUUCUAACGAUGGCUGGGAGGCUGCUCGAGACUCAACAUUACGCGGCGGGACACGUGAGAGCUGUCGCUGGACGGCUUGAUCGUGCUUGGAAAGAAUUCGCUGCUGGUCUCGACGAACGAACCGCCGUUCUUGGCCUCAGUGUCGUUUUUCAUCACAAAGCUGAACAAUACGUCGACAGCGUUUCCGGCUGGAGUCAAGCUUGCGAAUCGGCUAAUUUACCCAAUGAAAUUCCCGUUCUCGAAGCUCACAUUCGUCAACAUCAAACUCUCUACGAAGCAAUGUGCCAAGCCUAUACCGAGGUUUACAACGCGUAUCAAGCACUAUUGAGCGGUCUCGGUUCGAUGCUGCAAGUUUGUCAUAGCACAAGCACGACCACCAGCACGAGUUCGGAAGCGUUUCACACCGAUUAUAGUCAGGACGGUCACGGGAUGGACAAUCGCGGCGGUAUGAGUGGUAAUCCGGCCGCUGAUUACAGUGAAGGAGCGUCACACGUGCUUGCUGUUAUACAUCAAAUUUUAGGCCACCACAGAGCACUGGAGGCUCGAUGGCAUGCUCGUAAAGUCAAGUUGCAUCAGCGACUCGCUUUAAGGCUGUUCCAAGAGGACGUGAAACAAGUAUUAGACUGGUUGACCAAUCACGGUGAAGUGUUUAUUCGUAAGAACACCGGAGUUGGUCGAAAUCUUCAAAAAGCGAGAGUUUAUCAAAAGAGUCAUGAGCACUUUGAAAAUGUUGCUCAGAAUACGUAUACGAAUGCGACCAAACUUCUGACAGCAGCCGAAGAACUCGCCCAUACGGGCGAAUGUGCAGCCGACGAAAUUUACGCAGUUGCUCAAGAACUCGAAGCUCACGUUAGCAGUUUUGCUACUCGAGUCGAACAACGACGAAGACGGUUGGAUCUCGCUGUUGUGUUUUAUACACAUGAGAAAGAGCUCAGUGGAUGGGUGGACGAGUUACGUCAAGAGUUACAACAGGAUGAAGUUGCUGAAAGUUUGGAAACGGCCGAAAGGCUUUUGGAUCAAUGUGCUCAGCACAGAUCUUCGUGCCUGGAGGCUUGCGCUUCAACGAUUGCUCAGGGCGAAGCUUUGCUCCAGGAACUGCGAGAUUCCUCAGAUGCUCCGGAUACGACGGGUUCGAUUUCCGCAGUCGAAGCGGCACUCGAUCGACUCGCCGGUCUUCGACAAGAACUCGAAGAACUGUGGGCUACGAGAAAACUUCGACUCGAACUCUGUCUGCGAUUGCGUGUUUUCGAGAGGGAUGCCUUGGAAGCUAGCGGACAACUGGAAAUGUGGGCACAAGAGCUUCAAGGACCUCAGCGAGAAGGCUCACCCGAACAACUUCUCAGAGUUCAUAACGACGGUGUUGCUCAUAUGCAAAAUACUGCCUUUCAAGUAUUACAACAGGGACAAGAAUUAGCUCAGGUAUUGGAACAAGCGGGAGUCUGCAUAAUGGCCGAUGGCCAGCACAGUGCGUCGGCGCGGGUACAAGUGCUUCUCGAAUUUUUGAACGAGCGAGAGAUGGACGCCGAGGACUUGGCGGAGAUGCGGCGUGUUCGCCUCGAACAGGCGGCUCAGUUAGUACAAUUGCAAGGAGACGCGACACACGUGGCCAAUUGGAUACGAAACGGUGAAGCGAUGUUACUCGCCUCCCUGCGGGUUCCGGAACAUCUUGCUGACGCCGAACAGCUUCGUCUCGAGCACGAACAGUUCCAAGUCGCGAUAGAAAAAACUCAUACCUCCGCGGUCCAGGUGAAACACAGAGCAGAUGCCCUCGUGAGCGCAAAUCAUUACGAUCCAAAAAGUAUCCGUGAAGUAGCGGAGGAUGUGACGAAGAGAUGGCAACAGUUAGUGACGUGUGCGGAGGAGAGACACAAACUCGUGACGGCUAGCAUAAAUUUUUAUAAAACUGCGGAGCAAGUGCGCUCUGUUCUUGACAGUUUGGAGCGCGAGUACAGAAGAGACGAGGACUGGUGUUCUUCGGGCGAAAAAGGAACCCAAGUACCAACGCUCGUUGGCAAACAUCAGGAGCAAAAAGAAGCUUUUCUCAAAGCUUGUACCCUCGUUCGGCGCACCGCUGAAACAUUCCUCAAGUAUACGAAUCGAAGUCUACAGUUUUAUAGUUACCAGACGAGCAGCGCUGGAUCGGAAAACAAAGUCAAAAAUAUCCUCGAAGAAUUGAGAAGCAAAGAGAACAAAGUCCUCGAAUUUUGGACCCAGCGUAAAAAACGAUUGGAUCAAUGUCAUCAGUAUGUAUUGUUCGAGCGCAGUGCGAAGCAAGCUUUGGAAUGGAUAAGUCAAACAGGAGAACUUUAUCUUGCGACGCACGUAAACGUUGGAAAAAACAGGCUCGAGAACGAACAGCUUCUCCAGGAGCAUAACGAGUUCAAGGGUGCAGCAAAGGAGACUAGAGAAAGAGUGAAAUUGCUGAUUCAAUUAGCUGAUAAUUUGGUCGAAAAGGGACACGCGCAUGCCGCAGCGAUAAAACAAUCCGUCGCUGAAGUUGACCAACGCUACAAGGACUUCAGUAUGCGAAUGGAUUGUUACAAAACUCAGAUCGAAGAUGAUUUGGGAAUACAAUCCGAUGAUGGACAAAAGGAUCUUUCGAUCGACAGAAAUUCCGAUCCGCUUUUGGAAGAAAAAAUUAAAGGAAAAGAUUUGAAAGAGCUCAACGAAGAAAAACGUCGUUCAGCUCGACGGAAAGAGUUUAUAAUGGCAGAACUUUUGCAAACGGAGAGAACCUACGUUAAGGAUUUGGAAACUUGUAUACGGUGUUUCCUCGAGGAGACUCGAAGCGGUCGUGGCAUUGUACCGACAGGCUUGCACGGCAGGGAAUCAAUAAUAUUCAGCAAUAUGGAAGAAAUCUAUCAGUUUCAUUGUGACAUUUUUCUCCGUGAAUUGGAGAAAUACGAAACAAUGCCCGAGGAUGUUGGCCAUUGUUUCGUAACUUGGGCUGCCAAGUUCGACAUGUACGUGACUUAUUGUAAAAAUAAACCCGAGAGCAAUCAACUUUUGGUUGCACACGGUGGAAGCUGGUUCGAAGAUUUGCAGCGACGACAUCGGGUCGAACAUCCGAUCGCCGCUUACCUCAUUAAACCUGUGCAGAGAAUUACCAAGUAUCAGCUUUUGCUGAAAGAUCUGCAGGCCUGCUGUCAAGAGGGACAGGGUGAAAUCAAAGAUGGUUUGGAAGUAAUGCUAAAUGUGCCUAAAAAAGCAAACGAUGCCUUACAUUUGAGUCUAUUGGAAGGCUGCGACGUCAGGAUAGACACACUGGGUGAUGUAGUGCUGCAAGAUUCGUUCACGGUUUGGGAUCCGAAGCAACUGAUACGUAAAGGCCGUGACCGUCAUAUAUUCCUCUUCGAACUCUACCUCUUAUUUAGCAAAGAAGUCAAAGAUUCGGCCGGCAAGGUCAAAUAUAUUUACAAGAGUCGUUUGAUGACUUCGGAACUCGGUGUGACCGAGCACAUCGAAGGUGAUGAGUGCAAAUUUGCUGUAUGGACAGGAAGAGCACCGACGAGCGACACGAGAGUCGUUCUACGCGCUAAUUCUCUAGAAGCUAAACAACUUUGGGUCAAGAGACUUCGCGAAGUUAUACAGGAGACUUACUUCAGUCUCAGUAUGCCUAAGAGCCCAGCGAAAAAGAGCUCCAGUCAAAGAUCCAGCCGGGAUCUUGAGGAGUGCGCUUCUCUUGAUGACAGCGUCGAAAAUCUCGAUAGAAAUUCACUAGCCUCGUUUGGAUCUACCAACACCACGGAUUCUGACAAGACCGGAGUCGUGGAAAUGACAUGGGUCGUUGCCGAUCACUCUGCAGCACCCGGAACACGCGAACUCACCGUCACCAAAGGACAGCAGGUCGAGGUUUUGGAGAACGGAAGUAGUCACGCCGGAGGAAACGACUGGACUUUGGUCAGAUUGCCUCUGGCACCUGGACAAUCCGAUCCCCCUGCCGAAGGCCUCGUGCCUACCAGCGUCCUUAAACAACCACCAACUACUUCAUGCAAAACGUCCCCGUCCAGAAAAGCACCGUCUUCGCAACCGAAUACUGUAGGAAUUGCUCAACAAUCCGUAACCAGCGCAGAAGAUGCAGAAACUGUAUCUGCCGAAGGAAAUGGAUCCACGAGUACAAGCUCACCUGGCAACAAGAGACGUGGAUUCAGCGGAAGAAAAUGGUUGCCACAACCCCUGCGAAAGCUCAGCCAGGGCAAAGUAGAGAAAUCUACAACCACAACAUCAGUGGAUCGUCCGUUACCGUUACUCAAAAAGACUGGCUCAGACAAGCGUUUCAAGUUGCCGACCGGCGACAAAUCCGGCAGAGCCGUUUCCGAGGGCGAGGAGGAAGAAGAAGUUGACCUCGACGACGCCGAGACUCCGACAUUCCUCGAACAAAACGGAGGAGAAGACGGCGAAGAUGAUUUCGAGCUCCCACCACCGAUGAAACCAAUCACUGAGCCGAUACUCGUCGCGACCGGAAAUGGACCACCGGGCUCUACAAUACCUGACGAAUUACCUGGCAAACGAACUACCGAACGGUCUAUCAAGACACUGGACGGAGCUACGACGGCUGACCUUGCUGAGAUCGAACAAAUAGUCAAGGAAAGAAUGGAACAACACACGGAAAAUCAGGAACGUCACAGCUUAAUGAGGACACCAGCACGAUCAUCGACCGGUGAGGACGGUUACAGCGGAAGUGGCAGCACUUCGAUAACCGAGGAGGUUGAUCCCGAAGCAGCUGCAUUGGCCAAGCGACAAUUCGUCUUGCGAGAGUUGGUCGAGACUGAAAGGGAUUACGUGAAUGAUUUGAGGCAAAUUGUCGAAGGUUAUAUGGCUCACAUGAGGGAUCCGGAGAGCGAUGUUCCGCUGCCCGAAGAUCUCCGAGUCGGCAAGGACAAAAUGGUCUUUGGCAAUCUUGAGGCGAUUUAUGAAUGGCACAGGGAUUUUUUCCUCAAAGCUCUUGAGCGUUGUCUCGAACGACCAGAAGAACUUGGUCCACUGUUCAAGCGAUACGAGAGAAAACUUCACAUGUACGUUGUAUACUGUCAAAACAAACCGGUCUCGGAAUACAUCGUAUCCGAGUAUAUCGACACGUACUUCGAGGAAUUGCGAGUUAAGCUUGGACAUCGACUGCAACUCUGCGAUCUCUUAAUAAAACCAGUCCAAAGGAUUAUGAAAUAUCAGCUGUUACUGCGCGAUGCUCUUCGGCUGACCGAGAGAACUUCGAGACUCUCUGAGAUUGAGGAUCUUAGAGCAGCAGCGCACAUUAUGCGCGUUAUUCCAAAAGCAGCCAACGACAUGAUGGACGUCGGCAGAUUGCAGGGUUUUGACGGAAAAAUAACAGCGCAAGGCAAAUUACUGUUGCACGGACCUUUAUUGGUAAGCGAAUUGUCGAACGUGCAAGCCCGAGGACGGGAAUGGCAGAUCUUUCUCUUUGAACAAAAUAUAAUAUUCAGUGAAGCCGUUGGCAAAAAAACUCAGUUUACCAAUCCUGCCUACAUAUACAAAGCUCAUAUCCAGGUGAAUAAAAUGAGUUUAGAGGAAUGUCCGGAGGACAGCGACAAAUUUAUAAUUCGUUCGACGGAUCCAUUGACACCGGGUGUAGGAUUUUCAUGCAGCGUUAUAGAUGAAAACGGGCCACGUAAGCAAGAGUGGUGCGACACUAUAACGUCAAUAUUACAGACACAGCACGAUUUUCUCAAGGCUAUACAGUCGCCGAUCGCCUACCAAAAGGAACUUACCAAAUACCCACACCGUGGCACGACGCCGGAACCAUCAGUGACUAGAGCAGCGGUAUCGAUACCACCAACCCUAACGGUUACCGGAUCCGCCAAUAAAGAGCGAAGAAACGGACAUUCGCGAAAAAAUCAACCCGUUCAACGCGCUCACACCGGUGGAUUAGAGGGCGAGACACCACGCACGCCGAGCCCGACGAAAAGUAAACUGAAUUUCCUCGAGGGAUUUAGGAACACGUUACGCGCUCGUUCACCAGUUCGCACCAAUUCCAUUCCGGUUGCUCCGGGAGCUCGUGUGAGAUUGGCAGCCGAUUGGGGAAAACUACACGCCGGUGACGAACUCGUGGUUUCCCAUCUCGAUGGACCUGGUCUGGUCGUUUCACCGCUCGAUGCCAAAGAAGAAUUGUGGAUACCAGCGAGUCUCAUUCCAAAUUCUUCCUUCAGUCGAGCUUGGUCGUUCAGGCCAAGAAAAACAGAUUCUGAGAGAAGCAACGUCGCGGCAACAAAAUCACUCGACAAAAAAGGUCCGCCCAAAAUUCUAGGAGGCUCCUCACCGGUCAGGGUCACUGCGGGUGAAAUAGCGAGAUUAUCGGUCGAAGUUAGCAAUGCUGACGGCGCUAUUAUCACGUGGACAAAGGAGGACGAGAAUGAACACGACGUUGAAACCGACGAACGACACCAAAUGCGUCAGAGCACUGGCCUCAUGUAUCUCGAAAUCUCGCGCUGUCGAUUGUCUGAUUCGGGAGUUUAUCGUUGCAGUGUUCAAGCCGAGAAUGGCUCUUGCUCCGCUAAAAUUACCCUCUGCGUUUUAGGAACUGGUGGAUCAACGUGGGCUUAUGUAUUGAGCACGACGAAAGUGAAGGUUGAUUGGGAGCAGCGUGAGUUUGAUGUCUGCGACGUCGAAUGUAGAACGAUACCUUCGUCGAUGUGGUUACCAAUAUUGGAAAAUGUGCGAAAUCCACCGGCAAUAAUUGAGCUGUCGUCAGGCGCGUCGUACAGUUUUCGAGCUGUUGGUAAAAACGGAAAUGUGACAUCACCUUCGGCGGUUGUGACUUUACCCGUUGACGAGAGCAUCAGUUGGGAAGCGGAACAAUUCAUCGGUCGAUAUUUGGAACUUGACGAACUUGGUAAAGGACGAUAUGCGAUUGUAAGAAGAGCGAGGGACCGGGGAACCGGCCAAGAAGUUGCACUCAAACAAACCCCUCGUCAUAAGCAGUCGAGGACACUCACGCGCGCCGAAUACGAUUUGUUGGCUUCCACUCAUCAUGGCAACAUUGUCAGAGCUUUCGCUCUUUUCGAGAAUGCUCCACAACCUGGAGUUGACACUAUUGUACUGGAAUUAGUCCGAGGCCCUACGCUCUUCGUGUACCUAAGCAAAAAGACUGAUUACACAGAAUCGAUGGCGAGUAAAUACGCGAAUCAAUUGUUAUCUGCCUUGCAAUGGCUCCAUCAGAGAAAUAAAUGUCACUUGGAUGUUAAGCCAGAAAAUGUACUGGUAGAUCAAGACACUGGUAUUGUGAAACUCGUCGAUUUGGGGGAAGCCGUCAGAAGACCGGUGGACGAAGUCGUUCCACCGGCAGACUUGGAGUUCGCAGCUCCGGAACUGGUGCUUGGGAGACCCACAGGAUCUUACACGGAUAUGUGGGCUGCUGGUGUAUUUAUUUAUGUACUUUUGAGCGGCUUGUCACCAUUUCUUGACGACUCGGUUGAAGAAACUACUGCCAAUAUAUUAAAAUGUGAUUUCUGUUUUCCCGACGAAUAUUUUGAGACUAUAUCAAAUGAUGCCAAGAAUCUACUCAGCCGACUGCUGUGCCUGAGAGGAGAGGAGCGCGGUGAUGCGGGAACUGCUUUGAAUUCUCCGUGGUUUACGGUAACGAAAGGUGCUACAAUACCCGCAAAACGUAUGGCAGCGUUCACCGAUCGACGAGCUCACUGUUCGAAACCCCAUCAAGAUCACAACGACAGUUUUUACUCGUAAUAUUGAGCAUUACUUAUGUUAUUAUUUCAAUUAUCAUUAUAAUCAUCAUCAUCAUCAUCAUCAUCAUCAUUAUACAAAAAAGAAAACUUAACUUGUCAUAAGGAUUUUCAAGAAACCGAUUACCUUCGAGCUCGUAUGUAAAUAAGAUGUAUUUAAAUUUAUACUGUGCAACGAAACGCAUCUUCAUUAAGUGACUUUAGUUAAGUGAACAUGAAAUACUUGGCGAGAUUUUUUGUACUUAUCCGAUAUUUAGAAAUGACAUGUACAUAUUUUUGUAUGAAAUGUUGCUAUUAAUAGUUCUUUGAUGAAAAACUA